AUGGUUGUGGAAUUGUACAUGGGGCAUCAUCCGCCAAGCCCAGGACCAACAGUUUGGGCCGCGAAUGAAGCAGAGGGUGCGGCCACAAACCCAGGAAAUCCCCCAUAUCCCCCAGGGGCAAAUCUAGAAAACAAAGGGCUGUCCAUAAAGGGAACUGGCCCAAGUGAAGGAGCAACUACGUUGUUUGCGGGUUCCGGCGACUCCUCCGGCGACUCCUCCGGUGACGGCUCCGGCAACAUCUCCGGUGGAGAUUCCGGCGACUCCUCCGGCGACAUCUCCGGUUGCGGCUCCAGCGACUUUUCUGACGGCGGUUCCGGCAACUUCUCCGGCGGCGGUUCCGGCGACUUUUCGGGCGGGGGUUCCGGUGACAGCUCCGGCGGAGGUUCCGGAGACUUCUCCGGCGGAGGUUUCGGCGGUGGCUCCGGCGACGACUUCGGCAGGGGUUGA